AUGGCGUCCGCGAGCCCCGCCCUGGUGCUCAAGAAGCCCGUCAAGCUGGCGUGCGUUCAGCUCGCCAGUGGCGCCGACAAGAACGCCAACCUCGCCAACGCGCGUGAGAAGGUCCAUGAAGCCGCCAAGAUGGGCGCGAAGAUAAUCGUCCUCCCGGAGUGCUUCAACUCGCCCUACGGGUGCGACUACUUCCCCACGUACGCCGAGCAGCUGCUGCCGUCGCCGCCGAGCAAGGAGCAGAGUCCCAGCUACCAUGCCCUGUCGGAGAUGGCCAGGGAGACUGGCACAUAUCUAGUCGGAGGCUCGAUACCAGAGUCAGAACAGCAUGGGAAGGAGGACAAGAAGCUAUACUACAACACCUCACUGGUUUUCGGGCCGGGCGGGGACCUGCUGGCCAAGCAUAGGAAGGUCCACCUGUUUGACAUUGAUAUCCCCGGCAAGAUCAAGUUCAGGGAGUCCGAUGUCCUCUCACCAGGAAACAAGGUCACCAUCGUCGACCUGCCUGAGUACGGCAAGAUCGCUGUGGCAAUAUGCUACGACAUCCGCUUCCCAGAGCUGGCAAUGGUGGCCGCCCGCAAGGGCUGCUUCGCGCUGAUAUACCCGGGCGCGUUCAACACCACCACGGGCCCGCUACACUGGAGCUUGCAGGGUCGGGCUAGAGCCAUGGACAACCAGGUAUACGUCGCGCUCUGCUCCCCAGCACGGGACGUCAACGCCACGUACCCUGCCUACGGCCACAGCCUUGUGGUGGACCCCAUGGCACAGGUUGUCGUGGAGGCCGAGGAAAAGGAGACAAUAGUGACGGCAGACCUAACUGGCGAGAAAAUUGAGGAGACGAGGAAAAGUAUACCGCUGAGGCACCAGAGGCGAUUCGACGUGUAUCCCGACAUCAGUCAGGGCAAAGUACAAUUUGGCGACAAGGGUCAGGAUUAA